GUUUGUGGGUGUGCUCCUGGCCGGUGGGUUGGAAGGAAGUGAUGCUUGCUGGUGGGCGGGAGGCAUGAGGCGUGCUCUGCGGCUGCAAGCGCCAAACCCAGGGAGAGAAGAGCCUGCUUCUCAUGAAUGUGCCCCAUUUCCUGGAGCCUCCCGUGAUGAACAGGGGUGAGCACAAUGUUCCCAGAGCUGGGCAACAGUGAGAGUGACAGUGAAGAGCUGCCAUCUUUCCCAUUCCUAAGCCAGCAGCCGUCUGCCAUCAAAGCUGCCAUCCAGCCUCCUGCAGAUGAGGAGGUGGUUGUACUCUCCAGCUCAGACUCUGAGGCUUCCCCUGCUCUUCCUCCCACAUGGAAAAAGCCCUGUGGUCCCCAAGCGCUCACCUUGGCUGCCCCUCACCAGGACGUGAUGGCAGAGAUCAGCAGUGAGAGCGAAGAGGAGAUGGAGAUCAUCCCCUUGGCUGAAAGGCUCAAGAGGAAGCUUUUGGCCACCAAACUAUCUACAGCAGGAAGUUCAUUUACUAGGAUCCUAGAACGGAACACCGAAGACCCGGCUGGCGGCAACAGGCUCUGUCCCAGCCAUGAGGAAGAGGAGAAGCCACGUCCGAGAAGGCCAGAAACCCAGAAGAGAACUACAGCUGGUACUUGGGAGGUAUCAGACAGCGAUCCAGAACCAGCUUUACGAGAACCUACGAAACAGCCUUUGUUCCAGCUUCCAGGUUGUAGUUCUGGCUCGUCAGUGCAAAAUGUCAGCCAACAGGUGACAGAAAUAAGCCUGCAACCCUACUCCCAUCAGGCCAAUACGAUUUGUAGCCAGGAGGCACUUGAGCAAGCCCACCAGGCUGCUUUGCACAAGAGAAAGGAGCGAGCUGCUCAGAAGGUGCUGAAGGAGCAAGAGCGGGAGAAGAAGAAGGCCUUAGCAGACCUCUGGAAAGCCCAGAGACCAGAACAGUGCCUGAAGCACAUUCAAGUUGUCUUAGAUCCAGGUCUGUUGCAGGUUGAAGGGGGUGGGCAGGUGCUGACCACACUGCAGGCCAUGGAGUGUACCUGCGUAAUUGAGAGCCAAAGCGUUCCCUGCAGUCUCACCUGGAGAAGAAAGACCAGGCUGGCUCAGGCUGAAGAAGAGAGUCUGACAGAAGAAUCCAACCUUCUAGUUCUGGUGCCACUAGAAGAGUUUCUCGCUAUGAUUCAAAACUGUAAGCAGGUCAGCAUGGAAAGACCCACUCAGACUCUGCAGACAUUUGUGGCUAAUAUCCUACAGAAAAACUCUGGGAAAACUCUGGCAUUGGCUGUAGUAGAACUAGAAAAAUACUUCAGUUCUCACAAACCCAAGGGCCUGAAGAAAGUGAAGCAAGCAGUGCAGAGUGGCAGUGAAACACAGGAGCUAGGCAAGCAAAGGAACUGGAGAGGAAAAGCAAACUCUGCUCUGGAGUUAUCUAGAGUCGAUGUGGAAGAAGCCUUGGUGGAUCUGCAACUUCGCACAGGUGUCCAAGUCCAGAUGCUAGAGAGCUGGAAGGAGUUUGCUGAUUUUGCCAGUAUGUUUACCAAGGCUGUGGCUGAAGCACCAUUCAAAAGAGAACGCGACAAAACCAGCUUCUCCUUUUGCCUUGAGGGGGAUUGGAUUUCAGGUAUCAAAGUAGACCGCUCUGGGAAAGGGCUGCUCCAAGUUUGGAGGAAGCAGAUCCAGCAGUUCAGCCGGGUCAGUUUAGAAGUGGCAAGUGCUAUUGUGGCCCAGUACCCCUCUCCAAUGUUGCUGAUGAAGGCCUAUCAGCAGUGCUCUUCUGAACAAGAGCGAUACAACCUUCUGCGGGACAUACCUGUCCGCCGGGGUGAUGGUGUCACGGCCACUACGAGGCGAGUGGGUCCAGACCUCUCAAAACGGAUUUACCUGCAGAUGACUUCCCAUAAUCCUGAUCUUUCCCUGGAUGUUACUGGAUGAUCUUAAACUCUGGGUUUAAGUAGAAAUUGAUCAAGCUAUUUUUUCAUUUGGAGACUACAUAAAUUAUGGGAAAUGCUCCUGAAAAAUGCAUUAGGGCUUAGAGCCUUACAAAGGAGAACUAUUCAUCCUUUCUGCACAUUCUAAAAGCAUUUUAAAAAUUAAAAUUAUCUCCAGUUUCUGAACACAAAUACACUGAUUACCAAUCUAUCUACCACUGCUCACUAUAGUCAUAUGUGCUUAAAUAUCUGAAGAAUUCUUUUUUAUUACCAUCAUAAAUCUCAUUGAAUGCACCAACAUGGAAGCAGAAUAUUCUUCUUUCCUCUCAAAGCUCAUAAAUCUUUAAGAAUAUGAAGCCACCUUCAAAGCACAACAAUUAUAUAUAAUUGAGAGGUGUGAAAAUACUUCAAGACACAAGUAUUUAAUAAAUACUAUUUACUGAAGGAAAGUUAUUCAGAAUUACAGCUUAUAACAAAACUUUCCCACCAUCAAAUAGUGCCAGAAAUUUGUGGUAAGGGACAAGACUAUAUUUUAAUGAGAUUAGAAAUUAAGACAUCUCUCCCAAUGAACAUUUUUUGCACAAUCCCUCCUUGUCAUGCCUUAUAGUGCCUAAAUCUGAGUAAAUGUAACUAUAUAAAACACACUUCGUGAUUAAGUUUGCAUGGUAAACAAAGGCUUCAAUGGUAGGCCAUUGCAGUAUUCUGUUAGAAGAAAAUAUACAGUAUAUACAUUUGUGGUCAAUAAAACAAGAAUAGCAGGUACAAACCGGGCAUCACAGUUGAGUCUUGUCACUAGGGGAAAGCAAAACUGCCUGCUUAAUCUCAUAUAGUCAGAAAAAACACCCAAAGCCAGUAAUUUUUUAAAAUAUGUAAUGACUUACUCUCUUUAAUGUGACAAUUAUCAAGAAAUAGCACUUUGGCGCAUGGACAGAACUGUAUCCAGAUUGUAAGCAUACAAAAUGUAAAAAUAUAUUUUACUUUUUUAAAAUGACAUUAAUAAAACAAUGCAUUUAUUCCUAA